GCGCGAUCUGCCCCGCGCUAGACUUUGGCCUGUUGCCCCGCUUAUGUGAACGAAUGCACAUUACGGGCCGAGGCUGACAUGGCACAUGCCUAUUCCAAACAGCUACGAUCUGCCUCACCUGUUCCUAUUCCUGUUACCCAUACUUCAAGUAGCCUUUACCUAUAUCUAGGAGUAGGUCUAAAGCAACAUGGCGGACGCAGCCAUGAAGAAAGAAGAGCAGGAGCCUGCCAAACCCACAACCACUACCACUGCCCCUCCACCCGAGGUAGCGUCAGAUCCCGAAGAAGAUGACCUCUCCGACCUUGACGAUGUGCUCGAUGAGUUCGCCAACACCAAGCUAGACGCCAAAGCUCCUACCGCUUCGUCGAUAGAAGCAGCAUACCCCAAGUCCAGCAAUGCGCCGUCAUCCUCCGGGCCCGGAAGGCCACCCUCGGACAUCUCUCCUGCCGAACUCAUGAUGGAAGACCCAGAUGCGUUCCAGGAACAGUUGAAGAAAGAAAUGGAACAGCUGCUCGGUCAAGGCGACUUCCAGAAACAGUUCGAGGAUAUCAUGAAGGAGAUGAGUGAGGAGAUGGGUGGCGCGAACCCACUGGCAGAUCCCGGACAUUUGCAUGCACAUGCGCAAACUGAUGAAGGUGCAAGUGAAACGAAGGAGAAGGCGGCACCCAGUCAGUCCGAAAAGGAAACCGCUGCGAAGGCGGAGAAGAGCUUCCAGGAAACCAUCAAGAAGACUAUGGAGCGCAUGCAGUCUUCCUCCGAUACCGCAACCUCCGCAGCCGCAUCCUCGUCCCAAGACGACAUCCUUGCGCAGAUGCUCGCAUCCAUGGAAUCUGGUGGCUUCGGUGGCGCUGGCGAGGGCGGCGACGAAGACUUCAGUAAAGUGCUCAUGAGCAUGAUGGAGCAGCUUACCAACAAGGACAUCCUCUACGAGCCCAUGAAGGAGCUAGACGACAAGUUCCCAGCGUGGAUGGAGAAGAACAAGGAAAAGACAGAGAAGGACGACCUGAAGAGAUACGAGGAACAGCAGACUUUGGUUAGGGAGAUUGUAGGGAGGUUUGAAAGGAAAGGGUACAGUGACGACAACGCACAGGACAGGGAGUAUAUUGUGGAGAGGAUGCAGAAGAUGCAAGCCGCUGGCUCUCCCCCACCCGACCUUGUCGGCGAUAUGAACGCUGCGCAGGAGGCGCUUCAGGAUAUGGAUCAGGGCUGCCCGACUCAGUAAUCUCCUUGUGCGAUAGCUCGUCUGCUUGAUUCUUUCCAGAUACCCAAUGUAUACAUGAUGCCUUCCCCUAGGUAAAUUAUCUUGAUGACCUGUCAACAAUCCUGUCUUACAACAUGUACAAAGCCUUCAAGCCGUCAUCCCAGGACCAAUAUUAUCAA